AUGGCGGUUGAGCGGUUCUUCACGCUGGAGCUGCUGGCCUACCGCGCUGCCCGGCGGCGCCCUGGGCUUCGGGUGCGGCAUGGCCUGCGUGUUACGCCUGCGCCCAGCCGCCCUGCGCCGAGCUGCUGCAGCUGCCCGCCGCUCCUGGGCCUCCCUCGCCCCGCCUGCUGGGCGCCUGCGACGUCCCAGCACAGUCCGGCAGCCCGGGCACCUUCGCCCUACUGGACCCGGCGGGCACUGUUCUGCCGCCUGACGCGGAGCUGGGCGGCCGCGUCCGUGACCCCGCCAACUCGGCCCCCGCCGCCUUCGGCGCCCCGGACCUCGCUGACCCGGCCCCCGCUGACCCGGCCCCGGACCGCGGCCCCCGGGACCCCGCCAAGGCGCGGGAAGGAGCCCCCAGCCCUGCCCGCGCGGGCUCCUCGGAAGAACAACAAACCUGGCCCUGCGGAGGCUGCGGACAGCAGUGUCAGCACCAUCAGCACCUCCAGCAAGGAAGACGCCGAGCUGGCCCUGGAAACCAACACCUUUUGCUCUCCUCCUCUGUAUUACACUCCCUUGACCCAAGAAAGGACGCUUCCUGCAGGCGUCAAAAUCACCAUUGAGUCCCAAAGGGACGGAUCUGAGGAGCUGGGUGAUGCCUUGCAGGAAAAAGUACUUGUAAACCCUCCAACACCUCUGAGCCCUCCAGAAGGUACAGAUUCUGCAACACAGGAGACUCCUGCGGUGCUUUUGAGUCCACCAGAGAGUCAGGAUGUAAGCGGAGCCGUUAAUGAAUCUACAUGUCGCCCUCAAACUGAACAAAAUACAAUCAGUACAAUAAGGCAGCUUCCUUUGCUGAAUGCUUUGUUAAUUGAGCUGUCCUUGUUAUACAACCAACCCAUGGCGAGUCCAACUCAUAUGCAUCCCCACUUAGCCUGGUUGUAUAGAACCGAGGAUAAGAAGGUACCAGAAUCUUGUGCCAAAUCCACGUGUCACUAUGAAUCUAAGAAGGAUAAGUUUUCAGUGGGGGACCAUGAGAAGUCAGUGAAUCUUCAGUGUAGAAAGAACCAAUUUGAAAACCUUAAGAAAGAAUAUUUUGAGAACAGUGGCAAUUGUCACAAGAGGGUGACUAGGGGGCAUCUACUUUAUGGUCUAACAAAUACACUUAGACUUGGUUUAAGGCAGACAAAUCCUGACAUGUUAGUAGUACAUGAAAAGAGAGAAUAGUACAGAAAGAUGCAAGCACAAACGUUAGGAAUUGGAAAUAAAGAAAUAGAUGAUUGGCAACUCAGAACCACAGAGUAUGAUGUUCCUGCUGAAAUGAGUGAAAAUAGUUGCCAUGAAAGCAUCUCAGAACUGAAGUAUUCAGAUGGUUUCACCAGUCCUUGCUAUUCAGAAGACUUCUACACCACUGAGGAGACCAGCAAGAGUUUGCAAACUCAUGAUAGCAGUCCAGGGGCAGAAAUUUCACGUAACAGUAGGUCUAGUGGAGUAAGACCACCCUCAAGGAAAAGCAGCAGUGAGAGUUCUGUUCUUAGCCCACCCUUUUCAGCUGGAUCACCGGUACUCUCACAAAAGAGGAGGCAUCUUUCAAAGACUCGGGAUAAAAUCAUGGAGAAGGCAUCUAGUAACUCCACCAGUAAUUUAUCUUCAUCCCAUGGGACUGAGGAAAAAGAAAGCCAGAUAGACCAAAACAGUAGGCAUAAUUCUAAGGGUAAAAAAAGAGGUCAAGUCUUCUCUAUGAAACGUAAAGCAGAAACUGGUUGCAAAUGGUCAGAAAAAAAUCCGAUGCUGCUGACAUCUCAGGUGAGUUCUUACCUGCCCUCUAAUUUGUCAGAAAUGGAACUCAGUGUUCUGGAUGGCAGUACAUCAGAUCACUUUGAAGAAGAGGAUGGAAUUGGUUCACUGAGAAUUUCAAAGCAAUACAAAGAUAUCUGUGAGUUAGUAUUAAAGAAACUUCCAGGAUAUAUAGUGUAA